CAAACAGAAAUUUGGGGCUUGAUCACGGUCGUUAAGUCGAGAACUACCUGUAAAGAAGGCACGAAUCCCACCACCAUCAAUAUCUACUUUCUAUAAACAUAGAAACCAGAUAAGAUUAUUGAUAACUACUCCCAAUGUAGUGUUCUCCGAGUAUAAAACAGAACGUCUCGGAAUAAUUUCUUUAAACGGAAACAAGCACCAAAAUCAAUAAGUAGUUUUCGCCGUACAACUGUUGGUUAAACAACAAUAACAAUAUUUUAAAAAAGCAAAACGCCGUACAGGAAACUUAGCCAGCUCUACCGGAUCCAUUCGGGACACGGGACGGAAAUAGACUUCUUUCUCCUAUUUUUUUCCGGUGAGCGAUGCGCAUGCGGCUGGGAGUCACGUGAGCAGUUAUCGCCGAUGUACCAUUAUGGUGAGUGUCCGUUUCCUUUUCCCGCUCUUGCCUCUUUUCGCGCCCUCGCUGCUCCUCCCGUCUCUCCCCUCCCCCCUCCCCCCUUUCUGCUACUUUCCUCGGGGAGGGAAAAUAUUCGGUGGAGCCCCCUUGUUAGGCCCGUCGGCCAUUCCGCGGAGGGUUGAGGCUGAGGCCGAGAUGGUAGGAAGGGGGAAGCCGCAUGUGGUGGAGAACCAGCCCUUUUCACGUUUUUUGACUACUGGGCCGCCGGGGAGGAAACUCGCAAAGCUGGCGAGCGAGAAAUUGGUCAUGGCUGCUUAGGGGAGCCACGUUUCCCAGCUUCGCGUUCUCCCAAGUGCCAUCCCCCCCCCCCUCCGACAUAAUCUGUUGAAAAAAGCUAUUCAUCGUGCUGAUAAUUAAAUCGAAAAUGCAGCGCGCGCUUUCCUUUAUAGUCCAAGUCGUAAGACCCGGCUAUUUGCGAGAUACCGUGGCAACGUCCGGUGAAUUUCUUGCUGGGUGAGUAUAGCAAUGGUUAUAGGGCAGGAACUUCUCUCUGAUCGAUCGAUAGAUAGAUCGAUAGAUAGAUCGAUUAGAUAGAUGAUAGAUAGAUAGAUAGAUAGAUAGAUAGAUAGAUAGAUAGAUAAUGUGAACAUUCAGGUUGUGCAAAAUCCAAGAUGUAACAUGUAGCUUAAGCAAUUGCUUUGAUAACUGCUUUUUCUUCUGGUUUAAAAAGAAAAAUUUUGGCAAUCUUUGGAUUAAACCCUAACCUGCUCGAUUUGCUAGGCAUGUUUUUUUUUUGUAAUCCUCUUCACCCACAAAAUCAUUAAGGGGAAAGUGGAGCGCCAUGUGCUUAACUUCAGAAUUUAAAAUGGAAAGAAUCAAAGGAGUCUACCGGGAAACAAACAGCAUCAAGAGCAAGAACUAGAAUGAGAUGACUAAAAUGGAACACCACAAAAAGAUGUCAUAAUAAAAAAUGAUGCUCCAUCAACAUUAUUGUUAGAGAAGCAUGGAGACUACAUAGCUGCUUAUGGAACGAAGAAAGAUGAUUAUGAAUACUGCAUGUCAGAAUAUUUAAGAAUGAGUGGUGUCUAUUGGGGAUUGACAGUAAUGGAUCUCAUGGGGCAGCUUCAUCGUAUGAACAAAGAAGAAAUUCUGGCAUUUAUCAAAUCAUGCCAACAUGAAUGUGGUGGAAUAAGUGCCAGUGUAGGCCAUGAUCCUCAUCUUUUAUAUACAUUAAGUGCUGUUCAGAUUCUAACCCUCUAUGACAGUCUAGAUGUUGUUGAUGUAAAUAAGAUCAUUAGUUAUGUAAAAAGCUUACAGAAGGAAGAUGGAUCAUUUGCUGGAGACAUUUGGGGAGAAAUUGAUACUAGGUUUUCAUUUUGUGCAGUAGCAACCUUAGCCCUUCUGGGGAAGUUGGAUGCAAUUGAUAUGGACAAAGCAGUAGAUUUUGUGUUAUCUUGUAUGAAUUUUGAUGGAGGGUUUGGUUGUAGACCAGGAUCUGAAUCUCACGCAGGACAGAUCUAUUGUUGCACAGGAUUUCUGGCUAUAACUGGCCAGUUACACCAAAUAAAUGCUGAUCUUCUAGGAUGGUGGCUUUGUGAACGUCAAUUGCCAUCUGGUGGCCUUAAUGGAAGACCAGAAAAGUUACCAGAUGUAUGUUAUUCAUGGUGGGUAUUAGCAUCCCUGAAGAUAAUUGGCAGGUUGCACUGGAUUGACAGAGAGAAAUUAUGCAAUUUUAUCUUGGCUUGCCAGGAUGAGGAAACUGGAGGAUUUGCUGACAGACCGGGAGAUAUGGUGGAUCCAUUUCACACUUUGUUUGGAAUUGCUGGACUAUCGUUACUUGGUGAAGAACAAAUUAAGCCUGUAAAUCCUGUGUUUUGUAUGCCUGAAGAGAUCCUUGAAAGAAUAAAUGUACAGCCUGAACUUAUUAGCUAGGGUACAGUAUGUAUAAAAACUUUAAUCAGCAGCUUUGAAUUUUUCCAUCAAGGCAUUUCUAAAUGUGUUUACAUUUUAAAUUGCCACUUUACUGUAAGCACUAUCAUUUUGUACAUGUUACCCUAAACAAAGUAAAUAAACUGAGUAUGACAUGUACUUGAGGUUUUCAGUAACAGAUGUAUGUAUUUAAGUAUUUUGCCACCAGUGCUGCUUCACUUUGAAAAUAACAUACUGUGUUAGGUGCAGUAGAUAAAUACUUGAAUUAUGACUAUGAUACAAUCAUUCAUCCAUCUGGGUGAUAAGCAACAACUACUAGAAUUGUCCUAGGUAUUCCUUCUGUUGAUAGAAAUUUACUUGUUUAUUUUGCCAGUGACACUUCAUGCACUUGAAUGCCCUUCAGGAUAUGCGAUAAUUAAAGCCAGUUUAAUUUAUUUGUCAAACCAUAAUAGAAGAAAUACAAUGGUAUCCAAAUAGUUACUCUCUAUUAAUGACAUUCUUUAAUGAAAACUAUAAUUAUAAUGUAACUUGGUUUUAACUAAAGGCCUUGCUGAAUUCUACAACUUGUUUUCUUUGCUCUAAAAUAUUUAUUGUACAAUGUGGCUUGAAUCCCAAUUUUAGUAAACUUGGAAUAAUUGUAUAUAUUCAAGAAUAAAGUUGUAUAAGAUUGUUUUCUGCAAGAAAAAAUACUUGUUUCCAUUAGAAUUAUAGAAAUGCCUUUAUUUCAUAUGUCACAACUGCAUUUGUAAGUAUUGAAAUC